AAUAAAUUAUAUGGCUGAUUUUUUAUGUAAAAAUCUAAUUUGUUAAUUAAAUUGCUAAAUGUUUACUAUAAUAUGAUCUUCAUUGGGAAAUUGAAGAAUCUUAUUUAAAAUAAAAUUGCCUGUUGUUUCUAUUAAAUAUUAUGGUACUUUAAAGCUUUUAUUAUUUUUAUUAUUACUAGUUCAAUUAAUGCAUAUAUUAUAUGUAUUUAUAUUUUUAACUGUUAUUCUGAACAUUUUAAACGUAGUUUAAUCUGUUUUUUUUUAAUAUAAAAAGUUUCAUAGUCCUCAGUGUCCUUUAUUCCUUGAAACUUUGCCAUUUAUGAACCAUUUCACCAUAGUAAACCUUUUCAUUGAGCUGGAUUUCAGCAUCAGACUAACAGGUUACAAGUGGGGAGAAGAAGAAGAGGUUUAUCUGGGACUGAGUUUGAGAUGCCUGGGAAUCUCUAAACAAAGAUGUCCAAUAGACAACAGGGUACAGGCCUAGAAUCUUUGAGAGUGGUAACAGUUGAGAACAAAGGGUAAUAACAGUUUGGGAGUCAUAAUACAUAGUUGUUUGUUGUUGUUACAACCCGUAGAGGGUGUACAAAGAAGCAUUCUGAACUGAGCAUGAAGCUCUGGGCAAUGAUUAGGUGAAAAGGGGGAGGAGCCUGAGUAAGAGCUAGGAGGAAAUAAAAAACAAUAUAACUUAGUAAAUCAAGAGAAGAGAAUUUCAAAAAGAAAUAAACAUAGCCAGAGAUGAGAAAUUUCUGGCGAGAUGAAAAACAGUGCUCUUUGGAGUUGUUAAUAUCUUUUAUGAGCUUAAUGAAGCAUUUUUCUUUUUUCUUUUUUUUUUUUUUUUGUGAAGUGGUUCAAUUGGAAGAUAGAUUGCAAUAUCUUGAGGAGUAACAGGAAGAUAAGAAAUGGAAUCAGUGAAUGUAGAUUACCCUCUCAGAAAGCUUAGUGUAAACAAUGAGGGUAAUGGCCCCAUAACUACAAUAGAUGGGGACUUGGGCAUUUGUAUAUCCUAGACUCCACUUCCUCAUUUAUGAAAGGAGAAAAAUAAAGCCUGGUUAGUAUUAUCAUGAGGAUUAAAAUUUAUUACUAAUUUAAUGCUGUUGUGUCCUUUUCCUAGCUCAAGUUUUUUUGGUUUUUUUAAUGUUGUAUUUCUGUUUUUUCUUUUUGUACAUACCUGAGUUUGACCUCAGGAAAUACUAACUAUUCCUUUAGCACUUAGAACAAGGACAGUUUAAGUUUGGUCUGGGAAUUAAUGUAAUGAAGGCAAAAUAUUUCUUAUCCCACCUUACACACUAAAGAAAUGGCCUCCAAUCGAGAUUAUAGGAGCAAAUGCCACUUGCUUUGUGAGUCAGUUUGACUCACGAAGAGUUCCUGUUAUGGAUUACUUCAACAUUUAAACAUUUCUUUAAAUUCAAUUCUUGAAAUUUCUUGCCACUUUUCAUGUUUUGAAUUGAAGAUUUCAAAAAGCCAAAUGAGCCUGUGCUUAAAAGGACAUGACAUAACAAUCGCUGCCAGCUCAUAGGGACAUAGGCAGAAACAGGGAAAGCUCAGUCCACACUGCAGGUUGCAGGAAGCAGGUAACAACCUUGAGUUACUCUAUCAAAUUCAAGGCUUGGAGUUCCCAGAUUUCCUAAGAAGACAGUGAUAGAGGCCACAACCAAAGGCUCAUCUCAAGUUACCAACUCUGCAGGAAGAAGCAGCUUUAAGAGAAAGAUUGAAGCAAAAUGACAGCUUCUCAAUUUGACUGUCAAUACUGCUCAGUGUCACUUCUUGGGAAGAAAUUUAUGCUGAAGGAUGGCAAUCCAUACUGCCUCAAAUGUUAUGAUCGUGUCUUUUGUAACUAUUGUGAGGAGUGCAAAGAGGCAAUUGAAUCAGGCUCCAAGGAUCUUUGUUACAAAGGCCGGCACUGGCAUGAAAUAUGCUUCAACUGUGCCAAAUGCAAUCACUCUUUGGUGGAAAAGCCUUUUGCUGCCAAGGAUGAGCGCCUGCUAUGCUCUGAGUGUUAUUCUGAUGAGUGCUCCUCCAAGUGCUUCCACUGCAAGAAGACCAUCAUGCCUGGUUCCCGCAAAAUGGAAUUUAAAGGAAACUACUGGCAUGAAACCUGUUUUGUGUGUGAGCAUUGCCGACAGCCAAUAGGAACUAAACCUUUGAUUUCCAAAGAGAGUGGCAAUUACUGUGUGCGGUGUUUUCAGAAGGAGUUUGCUCCCUCCUGCAACUUUUGUAAGAAGGUGAUAACUUCGGGUUGGAUAACAUUUCAUGACCAGCCGUGGCAUAAAGAGUGUUUUCUGUGUAGUGGCUGCAGGAAAGAGCUCUGUGAUGAAGAGUUUAUGUCCAGAGAUGAUUAUCCAUUCUGCUUGGACUGCUAUAACCAUCUUUAUGCCAAAAAGUGUGUGGCCUGCACUAAACCCAUUACUGGUCUCAGAGGUGCCAAGUUUAUCUGCUUUCAAGACCGUCAGUGGCACAGCGAAUGCUUUAACUGUGGGAAGUGCUCGGUCUCCUUGGUGGGGGAAGGCUUCCUGACCCAGGACAAGGAAAUCUUCUGCCGCAAAUGUGGCUCCGGCAUGGAGACCGACAUCUAGAUGGGGUCCGUCCUUCCCUACCUAACAUCCACCUUGCUUUUGUUCUCACUAAAUCCAGAACUUGGUUGAAGUUGUAUCUCUGACUUGAGUUUUAGGAAACAUUAAUGUAAACUUCAGAGCAGAAGGGUUUUGCAGGCAUUCUGAUUGAACUGUAUUAUAAGAGAUAAAAAAAAAAAAAAAAAAAAAAAACACAGACUAACAGAAAUGAAUAUAUACUAAAUCACAAAAGGAACCUCUGCUUGCAAAAUACUGCACUCUGCUGUUAGAAGUAAUAGGAGAAUAUUGUAACCAAGUAGAGCACCUGUACAUAGAAGUCAUGGAUGUUGGUACUGAAGACAGAUGUCAUUCAAAACUGCAGAAUAAAAAGGAAUUAAGAGAUCAAAUUAAAAGGCAUACAUAAGACUGAUGUUUGUGCUCCUGGCAAGCUAGUGAUACAUAUGGUGAUAUGAAUAAUAAAACAGUGAUCCGGGAAAACUGAUCAGCAAUCAGCACAUUUAAGGAUUCUGUCAUUUUAUCAUUCUUUUUCCACUCAUACAUCCUGGCUUUGAAAAACAAAACUGCAAUUUGCCCUCAUCCACACUGCUUCCACAGCUCGUUGCUUCCCGUGGCUAACCAAUGGCUCUGAUACGCUAUAUAAAUAUAAUGGGUUCUCUCUACCUGGGGAUAGUCAAAACAUGUUUUAUUAAAUGUAUUUUCAAAGCCCACAUAAUUUUUCUAAAGACUUACAUAUUUCAUGAGAGAAAAUGUCUAUUCUUUCAAGCUAGCUACCAGAAUAAUCAUUGUCCCCAAGGCAAACCUUUAAAGUAAAUAGAUCAUUAAAUCAUCACUUGUGGAAAUUAGUUUUAGGGAAGGGAUUGAGUGUUGGAACAUGACUUUCAUCCAGAUAUCUAAAGGCAUAAUAGAAUGCAUAAUUAGCUCUGAGCCUCAUGCAUUUUGACUUCUAAAAUUACAUAGAUGAUUAAUGGAAAGACAUAAAAGCAGGCUUUAAAGAAAUCUAAUAUUAAUAACUGAAAAGGAAUAACUCACUGCUGGUAAUUCAGGACCUGUAACGCAGUGGAGUAGAGCAAUGUGGGCUACGGAGGAGCCCUCUCACUGUUCCUCCUCACCUGUGCCCCCCACCUCACCCAUGCCAGCCACACCCCAGAGCUUCAGUCUCUGGCAUGACCAAAGGGUGCACUCUCACCCCUAAGCAGUCAUUCUACAAAUAAGUCUGUUUUCUUUGGUUGGUCAUAAGGGAAGUAAUGGCCUUAGUGAAAAGUCUAGCUGCCCUGGACAACACUUUCCACGUCGUGUGAAACAAGUGAAAGCAACUUCUGCUCUCUGUGAUUAAUUACCAACCUUUUUAAGUGCACUUGCGUGGGAAAGGGGGAGGUCAGGAGAAGAAGCCCACCUAGAUGUAACUUUUAUGCAUCUACUCCCAUAUUAUUCCAUAGCAUUAGCGUCUCUGAUGGAAAUCUAAUUAUAUGCUGUGGCUGAUUACCAUGAUUAAAAUGGCAUCCCAGGAGAUUCAAUUAAAAUUGUUAUGGAAAGACAAGUUUUGAAAUAGUUUGAAAUGCAAGGACAUUUGAGAUGCUAACAACUUGGAGGUACGAAUAAAAGGUCAAGCUGCAAAGGCGAUGUGAAAGUAAUAAUUGUCUCCCUUUAUAUUAACAAUGCCAAGAUAUUUGCUUACUUUUACAUUAUAAAAUGUAGAAAAAUCCAUCCAUAUUUUUCCUGAUUUGUUUAAAAUUUCACAUAACAGGUAGGUAACAAAAUAUGCCAAUUUGUUCUAGGAUCUAGAAAAUAAGAGUACAUUACAUAUUUAGAAAACCAAGUCAUUCUAAGUCUGGAGAGAGAUACAGCAUUGUAACAUUGUCUCAGUUAAUCAAUUACAUGUAAAUAUGCAAAAUGUAAUGUUUUCUUGUUCAAACAAUUGGUGAUAUGAA